AUGUUUUCCGUAUCCCGUACAGCCUUUGUUUCUGUCUCUUCUCGCGCUGCAAGAAGCAACGUUUCCCGCUUGUUUCUAAGGGCCCAAUCCACAAACGCAUUGAACCAGAGCCAAUUGCCAUUCACCUUUUCUCCAACCGGCCCAAAGACUGUCAAAUACACUUCUCAACACGAGUGGAUCGCUGCCCAUGAAGAUGGCCACGCUUUCAUCGGUAUUACAAAGUACGCUGCCGAUGCGCUAGGAGAUGCCACUUACAUCGAGUUGCCAGAGCUGGACACUGAGCUCGAAGUUGGCGAAUCUUUCGGUUCCGUGGAGUCCGUGAAGUCAGCCUCAGAAGUCUACACCCCAGUUAGCGGUGUUGUUGUGGAGGCUAACGAAGCCCUAUCGGACUCUCCUCAACUCAUCAACUCCGAUCCAAUGGGCGAAGGUUGGAUUGUUAAGGUUAAGCUAAACGACGAAGCUGAAUUGCAAUCUGAAGACUUGCUAUCCCUAGAGCAAUACGAAGCUCACUUGAAGGAGGACCACUAA